AGUUCAGUUCAGGUACACCUUUUGUCAUAUAAAGACUGAUUGCUUCCCGUGAGUUCAGGCUUGUGAGUGGUGACACAGAGUGGAAUGUGGAUCAAACAGAAUGAAAGGAGGCUCCAUUAGUGACGCAGAGGAGGUGGAGAGGCUGCCCCUUCUUCCUCUUCUCCAUGGCCAACCUUCACAGGACCAAGGACCAUAUACAUGCAAUGGGUCUGUUGAUAUUAGAGGCAAUCCAGCAUCUAAGAAACAUACUGGAAAAUGGAGAGCCUGCUACUCAAUUUUAGGUGGUGAAUUUUGCGGUGCCAUGGCAUACUAUGGAGUUGGGACAAACCUGGUGAGUUACCUAACCAAGGUGCAGAAUCAAAGCAACGUCACUGCGGCAAGCAAUAUCGCUUCUUGGCAAGGCACAUGCUACCUCACUCCCCUUCUCGGAGCAUUCUUGGCUGAUUCAUAUUGGGGAAGGCACCAAACAAUUGUGAUUUCCCUUACCAUAUUUACCAUUGGAAUGGUUCUACUGACACUUUCAGCAGUGGUUCCAGUAAGCAUCCAUACAAUGCUGAUCCCUCUUCAGGAAGCCUUGCCAUCUUGUGGCCUCUUCCUGACUGCUUUGGGCUUAGGUGGCAUCUGGCCCUGUGUUCCUACUUUUGGUGCCGAUCAAUUUGACGACACCGAUAGAGCAGAGAAGGUUCAGAAGGAGGUCUACUUCAACUGGUACUACAUCGCUGUCAAUGGCGGUUUCUUCCUUGCGAGUACGGUCCUCGUGUGGGUUCAGGACAACUGCGGCUGGGGAUUGGGUUUCGGGAUCCCGACGUUGUUUUCAGCAAUUGGCAUUGCUGGGUUUCUUGCCAGUAUGAAGCUGUACAGGUACCAGAAACCGGGAGGAAGCGCGCUCACUAGAAUUUGCCAGGUUACGGUUGCAGCAAUUCGCAAGCUCCAUAUGGAUGUGCCGAAUGAAAGCACUCUUCUAUAUGAAGUGCCCGGCAAUGAGUCGGCAAUUGUAGGGAGCAGGAAGCUGAUGCACACUGAUGGACUAAGGUUCUUCGAUCGAGCUGCCACCAUCAUUGCCUCUGACGAAACAUCUGCUGAUGCACCUAGUCCAUGGAAGCUUUGCACCGUGACGCAAGUGGAGGAGCUGAAGAUCUUGGCAAGAAUGCUGCCUAUCCUACUAACUGGCAUUGUCUUCAACACUGCCGAAGCUUUCUUCCCGUUGUUCAUCGAACAAGGACACGUCAUGGACAAUCACAUCGAUGGUUUCUGGAUACCUCCCGCCUCUCUGACAACCUUCACCUGCCUCUGCAUUCUCAUCUUGGCCCCAGCGUACAACAAGGUUCUUAUGCCGAUGGUGAGUAGGAUCACUGGAAUGAAGCGAGGAUUGUCUGAGCUGCAUCGCAUAGGUGUCGGCAUUGUUUUUGCAAUGCUAUCGCUGGUUUCAGCUGCAAUGGUCGAGAUGGUGCGUCUUGACAUCGCCAAGAAAAGAGGACUAGUGCAUCAUAGUGCUCCGGUUCCAAUGGGUAUCCUGUGGCAGGCACCACAGUACUUCUUUGUAGGUGUAGCCAAGGUGUUCAGCGUGGUAGGUUUCAUCGAAUUUGCUUAUGAGCAAUCCCCUGACGCCAUGAGGAGCUUGUGCCAGGCUUGCACUCUCAUCAUGGUCACCCUUGGAAGCUACCUUGUCUCUAUCAUGUUAAAGUUCAUCGAUUCGGUGACAGCAAGCAGUGGGAGCCAUGGUUGGAUCCCUGAGAACCUCAACGAAGGGCGCCUUGAUCAAUUCUUCUGGUUGAUGGCAGGAUUGCAGCUGCUGAACCUGCUUGUGUUUGUGUAUUGUGCUACAAGGUACAAGCACAAACUAGCUACUUGAUUUUCUUCCCCUGCUAGUUUGAGGUUGGGAGAGCCUAUGUAAGGUUGCUCAAGUAUUAUAUUAAGCACUGCAACAUUUGUGGUACUAGUUUGAAAAUG